GGUGCAGCCGCGGCCGCCGAGCCGAUCAGCGCCGCGCGGGGCCGAGUGGAGCCGAGCAGCUGCCGCGCCGCGUCGCCGGUUUAAGCGCAGUGCAGGCCGCGGCCGGGGGCGGCGGUAGUGAGCCCAGCGCUGCGCUCCAGCCCCCUUUUCCCUCCAUGGUUUCUCUCCGCUCCCGUGAGUAACUUGGCUCCGGGGGCUCCGCUCGCCUGCCCGCACGCCGCCCGCCACCCAGGACCGCGCCGCCGGCCUCUGCCGCGAGCAAACCCUUCCGACGGCCGUCGCUGCGCAGGCCGGGAGGCCUCUCCCCCCUCCGCCCCCGCCGCGGAAAGUUAAGUUUGAAGAGGGGGGAAGAGGGGAACAUGGACAUGAAGAGGAGGAUCCACCUGGAGCUGAGGAACCGGACCCCGGCAGCUGUUCGAGAACUUGUCUUGGACAAUUGCAAAUCAAAUGAUGGAAAAAUUGAGGGCUUAACAGCUGAAUUUGUGAACUUAGAGUUCCUCAGUUUAAUAAAUGUAGGGUUGAUCUCAGUUUCAAAUCUCCCCAAGCUGCCUAAAUUGAAAAAGCUUGAACUCAGUGAAAAUAGAAUCUUUGGAGGUCUGGACAUGUUAGCUGAAAAACUUCCAAAUCUCACACAUCUAAACUUAAGUGGAAAUAAACUGAAAGAUAUCAGCACCUUGGAACCUUUGAAAAAGUUAGAAUGUCUGAAAAGCCUGGACCUCUUUAACUGUGAGGUUACCAACCUGAAUGACUACCGAGAGAGUGUCUUCAAGCUCCUGCCCCAGCUUACCUACUUGGAUGGCUAUGACCGAGAGGACCAGGAAGCACCUGACUCAGAUGCCGAGGUGGAUGGUGUGGAUGAAGAGGAGGAGGACGAAGAAGGAGAAGAUGAGGAAGACGAGGAGGAUGAGGAUGGUGAAGAAGAGGAGUUUGAUGAAGAAGAUGAUGAAGAUGAAGAUGUAGAAGGGGAUGAGGACGACGAUGAAGUCAGUGAGGAGGAAGAAGAAUUUGGACUUGAUGAAGAAGAUGAAGAUGAGGAUGAGGAUGAAGAGGAGGAAGAAGGCGGGAAAGGUGAAAAGAGGAAGAGAGAAACAGAUGAUGAAGGAGAAGAUGAUUAAGACCCCAGAUGACCUGCAAAACAGAACUGUUCAGUAUUGGUUGGACUGCUCAUGGAUUUUGUAGCUGUUUAAAAAAAAAAAAAAAGGUAGCUGUGAUACAAACCCCAGGACACCCACCCACCCAAAGAGCCAAAGAAUAGUUCCUGUGACAUUCCGCCUUCCUUCCAUGUAGUCCCUCUUGGUAAUCUACCACCAAGCUUGUGGACUUCACCCCAACAAAAUUGUAAGCGUUGUUAGGUUUUUGUGUAAGACUCUUGCUGUAGCGUGGAUAGCUGUGAUUGGUGAGUCAGCCGUCUAUGGCUACCAGUUACACCGAGAUUGUAACAGCAUUUUUACUUUCUGUACAACAAAAAAGCUUUGUAAAUAAAAUCUUAACAUUUUGGGUCUGUUUUUUCAUGCUUUUCUUUUUAAUUAUUAUUAUUAUUAUUUUUUUACAUUAGGACAUUUUAUGUGACAACUGCCAAAAAAGUAUUUUUAAGAAUUUAAGUGAAAUAAACACGUUACUCUUUGGUAAA